GCGCCAGACGAUAAUGUCAGUGGCACACGCGACAUUGCCGUCUGUUGGCGCGUCCACACCAUUAGCAAGACACGUGACUGCGCGAAAAAUUCCCGUCAGACCCUGGAGGAGUCCGGCCAGGGUGGCGUUGCAGUCUUUUUUAAUGAUUGUGGAGCUUUUGGCACACGUCAGGCAAUCCCUGCGUGGUUUGACUGCUUACGAAAACGAACAAACUGUUACAUUGAUCCGUUCUAUGAACAGGUGGGGUGUCGAAAGGACUAAAAUACCCUGA